AGUCUUAAGAAAGAUUUGAUGGCAUGAAAAUGACAACGCACCAGCCGGAGCACUACAACAAUCUUCAGAAACUGUGUAGGAUCUGUGGCGAGCGUCGCAACAAAGGACGGCCCUAUCACAGUCAAACCUUUGAGACACAGAUUAAGGAGGUGUUCGGUGUUGACAUUUCGGACGACAGGACUGAUGUUCAUCCAAAGUACUUAUGUUUCAACUGUCAGUCCCAGAUAUCAGAACCAAGCAACAAAGUAAAAGAAAUAAUACCAGUCGAAUGGAAAGGACACGAUGAUGACGAUGAUUGCUUGGUUUGCGACAUUAAGGCGGUUGUUCGUCCUGAAUCUUUUGCUGUUCCUGAAAAACCUGCACCUAAACGCCGCAAAUCUGAAAUCAAGAUUACUGUUGUGAAAAAAGAGGCUGCAAUGAAGUUGAAAGAGUUGAACGAGCACAUAGUUUGCAGUAUAUGUAGCGGCUACAUUGUGGAUGCUACCACUGUCACAGAAUGCCUGCACUCUUUUUGUAAAUCGUGUUUAGUAAAACACCUGCAGACAAGACAAACCUGUCCCCAGUGUAAAAUCCUGAUCCACGAAACAGCUCCCAUGCAGUAUAUCGGGACUGACACAAAACUACAAGACGUAAUAAACAAGCUGGUACCUGGGCUGAUGGAGAGUGAGAUAAAGAGGCGGAAUGAUUUCUACGCUAACAGAGGAUUGUCAGUGCCUCUCAAUGGUAACAGCUCCCGUCCCAUAACUCCUAAUACCCAAGACUCAGAACCAGCCAAGUUUCCCCCGGAUGAUGGUAGAACGUGGUUCCAUACAAACGAUUUGAAAAUGUCUCUCUGUAUAGAGCCCGUUAAGAAGGAACUAUCAAUUCCGCAGAUGCCCAUGAAAUUCAUCCGCUGUUCCAUGAAACUCAAAGUGGAGCAUCUCACGAAGUACAUCAAACAAAAGACUCUAAUUUCAGACGAAAUAGAGUUGACUUGUAACAAGAAGACGCUCGCUAAUGAUGUUACAUUGGAGAAUGUUUGGCUGGAAACAUGGAAACGCAAGGAAGCCCCGAUGACCUUAUUUUACAACAAAAAGAAAUGAUGAUCACUAUAUUCUACCUUCGAAGAAAUGAAGUAUUAAUACUGACAUAACUGAUUGACGACUUGAAAACUCCAGCCGGACGAGUAUAAAGUAUAGAGAACUGUUGUGCCACCUUGCGGGACAAUUCGUGAAAUUAUCAAUAGCUUUUUACAUCCGAUUCUCUUUACCCGCAACAUUUAUUUCUAAUUCUUAAUCAUAUAUUGGUAAUAUCAUAUUAUGUUCAGUUCGAUUUGUUGAUUUUCUGCUUAGUGCAUAUGUAUCUUUGUUACUGAUAAUAUUGGUUAUUUA